UUCUUUUUGUUGGUAUUGGCCUAUUUGAUCCCAUGUCUUGUUGUGCUAGGACAUUUCUUUUCUCUGACCCAUGAUCAUUUGUAACAAAGCUCUUGAAUCAACCCUUUUCGUGUGGUGGAUUUCUUCUUCUUCUGUUUCUUUUUUUCUCGCUUUUAGAUCAUAUGAAAACCAACUAGAUAAAUGGAGGUGCUUCCGCCUUUCUUCGUCAAGCAGUGGCAGAUUCCGGGCGUCAAUCAAUGCACGGGGCUGAUCAGGAGCUCCCGAUGUGAAAAGGGAGAAAAGCUGGGAAUUCUUCCUCUCCCUCUCGCUGGUGUGUUUUGGGGAUGAGUUACCAGCACAGGAUGCAAGAGCUGGUGCUCAAGAGCGGCUGUUCUUGGGCAUCGGAAGUUAAGGCUCCUCCGCCUUGUUCCAGAGAAGCUAGCGGUGGUGGGAUUGGAAUUGGGACUCCACGAGCAGACGAACGCAUCCUUCCAAAAGGACCAUUCUCGGGUCUCACAAUCUGUGUCACGGGUCUCUCCAAAGAAGCUCGAAAGCAAGUCCAGAUCACAACCGAGAGAUUGGGAGGAAGUUACAGUCCAGAUCUUCACUCUGGAUGCACUCAUCUCGUCGUCCAGAGAAGUGCUGGCCGCAAAUACGAGCACGCUCUCAAGAACAGGUUUAAGAAAGGCUUGUUUGUAGUGACACUCUCCUGGUUCGUCAAUUCCGCAAGGCUCAAUGAGCGACUGGACGAAUCCAAGUACGAUGCUACGACAGGAGAUUUUGAAUCCGCCGAGAACUCGCUACCACGCGAUGAUCCAGCCGCUUGCAUGCCGCAGAAACCAUCGUUCAGUGCUCCUCUCCCGCCUCUCACAAACAAGCCUCUCGCGAGCUUGCAAGUCGUUCCAAUGGCCAGCAACAACAAAAACUCCACCGAAUUCCCCAAGGCUCCCAGGAAGCCGAUGUUUUCCGGCAUUUGCUUCUACAUUGACAAUGAUAUCUCCACCGAGUUGCAAAUCAAGGUUGUAGAGGCAGCAGUGAAAGAAGGAGCUACUUGCAUAAGCGAUUGGUAUAUCGGAUGCAACGCGACACACAUUGUCUGCGAGGACAAUGCCCUUGUCAAGUACGUUGGAUACAAGAUCCAUUUGGUAUCGCCAAUGUGGGUGCUACGAACAGUGAAAGAGCACGCGUGGUACCACCUCGUACACAUCUCGCUUGAUUUGCUCAGGCAUUUUCCACACCUUUUAGACAAGAAAUCCGAGCCAGCAGCAGCGCAGCAGCAGCAGCAGCAGCAGCAGCAGCAGCAUGGCAGCAGUAGGAAAAUGCUCGCGCUUUGUGCUCGAGAAGAUUCGCAAACUCGUCAGCUCAAGCUGGAUGAAUCGGAGUCCAGAGUUCGAGCAGCCAGGGAUAGUAUUCGAAGGCGUAGAGGACCGAGCAUGCAGCCUUGCCGAGCACUGCCUCGUCCCAUCACGCCGCAGAGCAUGAUGGAAUCGAUUUGCUGGUCGGUGUCGGAGCCACCGUCGACGGCCCAGCUCUAUCUCGACAACUCGGAUGGAACCGGGCACUACGAUCAAGCCUCGGAUUACUUCGACGCCCAGGAGAGUGGGAAAGACUCGAGUAGUGGUGAAGUCUAUGUGAGACCGCUCAACGAUAGUGAGAAGCAAGACGUCGUUUACAAGGGAGCGUUUUUGACGAUCUUAUUCCCGCUGGAUAGAUUCUCGGAGAUGGGGCCAUCGUCAAAGCCGUUCUUCUCCGAGAAAGGAUUCACGAGGCAGCAAAUCCUGGAGAACGUCUAUGGCUUCUACCAGGAGCCAUUGUCGAGUAGCGAGAUCGAGGUUGCCGUGUACACGGAUUCCAAGCACGCCGAGAGGCUUCGAGCGGUUUACUCGGCUCCAGAGACGGUCGAAGCUGGCUACGUCCCAACCAAGAGAUACGAGUUCUUGGGAAGUAGACGAAACUUUGAGGGGCUUAGGCGCUUGAGCGUCGAGAAGAACGGCCAAGUAUAUCAGCUCUGCUUGGGAUCGUAAAAACUCUGUAAUAUAAGUCUCAAAAUAAGCUGUGAAUUUCCUUCGAAGAAAAAAAAGCUGAUAGCCAGUGUAUACCUUCAAAUGCUGGAAAGUACUUCCUUGCCCAUGGCU